AAGACCCACAAGACAAGCAUAUUGAUUGUGUGUGUAGGAUAGCCGGCAUGGGUGAAGGUCAUCAGAUGUCACACAAUUUUCGUAACGGCUCUUCGCGAAACUCAAAGCUGUUCGAAUAGUUCGAACGAUGAACAGGAUCAGGAGAUGAUGCCGGACACGUCUCGCCAGCUGGAAACGCUUAGCGACAGUCCUGAUUGGAGUACUUUAAUGGAGGUCCACCAUGAACCAAUUGAAAAAAACUAUCAACUACUUGAAGAAAUUGGCAAGGGUCAAUUUGCUAUUGUACGGAAAUGCAGGGAGAUGAAAACUGGAAUACUAUACGCUGCAAAAAUAAUGAGGAAGAGAAGAGUUGCCAGAGGUGUGGCUGCUGCUGAUAUUGCAAGAGAAGCUGGUCUUUUGGCUCAAUUAAGACAUCCUAACAUUGUUUCUUUAUACAAAGUGAUAGACACAGGAACAACAGUGGUGCUUCUUCUAGAAUUGAUUACAGGAGGUGAAUUAUUCCAUUGGACUCCGUCUGGUGAAACAGAAGCUGCUCAUGUGGUACGUCAAGUUUUAAUGGCACUUAGUCACUUACAUUCCCAUCAAGUUGCUCAUCUGGAUAUUAAACCUGAGAAUAUUCUAUUGUCGACCCCACCACCGAUGCCUAGCAUUAAGCUGAUAGAUUUAGGUCUAUCGCAUCGACUGGUACCUGGUUCAGAACAUAGAGCACUAUUUGGCACACCUGAAUUUGUGGCACCAGAAAUUGUGAAUUAUGAACCACUCAGUCUUGGAACCGAUCUUUGGGCUGUUGGUGUUUUAACAUAUAUUCUUUUGAGUGGAGCUUCACCAUUUUUAGGCGAGGAUAAGCAAGAAACAUAUGCAAAUGUUGCUGCUUGCCAAUAUCAAUUUGACAAUGAAUUUUUCAGUAAUGUGUCUGAAAUUGCCAAAGAUUUUAUACGGUCCUUGUUGAUCAAGGAUCCAAAGGAAAGAGGAAACGCUGAAUCGUGCCUUAAGCAUCCUUGGAUUCUUAUGGAAUCUGAAGCUCCUCAGGGUCUUGGUGGAGCAAUGAUCAGUGCUGUGAGGCGUGGCUGUGUUGAGACUGUCUCUCAAUUAUUGUUGCAGGGUGCUCCAUUAAAUGUGAAAGACUCUAAAGAAGAUACUCUUUUGCAUAUUGCUUGUGAGAUUGGCGAUGAGGCAAUGACGACAUUGCUGAUAGAAAAUGGAAUUGAUCUGGAUAUCCCGAACAAACAAGGACUCACGGCGUUACACGUGGCUGCUCGACACGGGCACAUUAAUCUGGUCAGACUUUUGUGCCUUGGUGGUUGCGACGUUGAUAAAACAAAUCGAGGAAUUCGAGCGGACGUUACCGCGAUUAAGUAUGGACAUCCAGAUAUUGCAAGUUUAUUAGAUAAACUACGAAAUCCAAAUCAGCGCGAAAACUAUAUUCGUCAGCUGCAACCUACACACAGACCGAUAGACCGGCUACAUAUAAGACUACUUGGACAUUGUGCGUCCGGGAAAUCGUCAUUAAUCAAUUCAUUGAAGUCAGGAAUAUUUAGUUUUGGUUUCUUCCGAAGGUCGAGGAGCCAGAAUUAUAGCACGAAGAGAGAACCAAGUAUCGAACUUGACGUGACGAGUAAACACGGUUCUCUGAGUUUCGAAUACAGCGACAAUGAGUAUGAAGGUACUCAAGGCGUGGAGUGGAGUCGUGGUAACGUAGGUGGCGAAUGUGUUUUCUGGGAAUUGUGUGGACGAGAAGAAUUUUUGGCGUCUUAUCACUAUGUACUUACGUUCCAGCAACCAGCGGUGCAUCUUAUUACAGUUAGUCUGAGAGAGCCAUUGACCGUUCAGCUUCAACAGAUAAAAUUUUGGCUGCAAUUUAUCUUGGAUCGUAUUAAUCCGAGUAAUGUUGGAUUUGGCGGCAAGUGCAACGAUAUAAAAGUAAUCUUAGUCGGCACUUAUGCGCCGGAACCUUUAGUUCCAAAUUCUAACGGUGGCAAUCUACUCGCACCGCUCUUACCAUUUUUAAAAGAUUUUACAUCGAUUUUGGGGGAAGAGCCUCAAAUGGUAGCACUGGAUGCAACUAAUCCUUCUAGUCCCGGCCUCAAAGUCCUCAGAUCUUAUUUAAAUAAUGCAAGGAUGGAAUUUCUCGAGGAUGGACCGGAAGUUGCAGAAAGUAUUCUCCGACGUGACGCGCCGCGUGCUGCGGCUACGUACGUGCCCCUGGCGAAUCUUGAUAAACAGAGCGCCUUAGUUUGGACCGGCCUUGCUGAAGCGUGGAGAUCGUACGUGCAAUCGUUGGAAGUGCCUCCGUUAAUGCUUACGCAGGAGGAAUUUUUGGAUGAAGUUCGUAAGAUCAAUCCUCUGGUUUGUAUGGAACAUUGCAGACAUCUUGGAUUGCAAUUACAGAAUUUGGGGGAAUGUAUUCUUUUGCCAGGAAACUUGAUAGUACUUAGUCCCGAAUGGUUCUGGCAGGAUGUGUUGAAUUGGCAACUGAGUCCCGAUCAGAGAGGACGAUUGGGUGGUCGAACCACCGGUGUGUACACUUUAGAAGAUUUUCAAGCGCGUUGUCCCUGUCCUGCUGCUCAAGCUUUGCAAGCGUUACAAGCGGUCAAUUUGUGCGUUCCGUGCGAGGUGGAUGACGACGAGGUGGAGUACGAAAUACCGUGUUUAAAUCUCGUGGAACGUCUUCCUGGUUUAUGGGAACCGUGGAAACCAUGUUCAACCGCGUUGCCUCACGCUGGUUUACGUCUUUGUCCAGAAGAGGCGCCUUUGUAUCACUUGACUGCAAUAUUUACGCAUUUACAGGCACAAUUGAGAAAAGUCACUCAGUCGUGGGAUCCGACAAAUUCAGACUUGUAUCAGUGGUGGCGAGGAUCGAAGCUAUGUCUCGGACCUUGCGAAAGUAUAAUCACGUUCGAGGAAGAAGAACACAGUUGCGUGGAAAUUCAGAUUCGUGGACCGCGCGGUACCAGUGCACAGUGCUUCGCUCUUCUAAGCGUGAUCUUAGAUACAAUGGAUGCCACCAUUGAAUUAGUCGCACCUGGAAUGUUACUAGAGAGGCAUUGGCUAAGUCCUAGCCAACUUCGAGAAUAUGACGAAGUUGUUCAUUCAUGGGCACCGGCCACCGUCAUAUCGGCUUUAAUCGACAAAGGCCUCGAAGAAGCGACUCUUAAGAAUCCAUUGAAUGAACGUCAAGAAACCGUAUGGGAGAUAGUCGGUUGCGGACUGCCUCUAAUGGAAAAUUACGUUCUCGGACCGAAACAACCUGUGAAAUACAUAAAACCCGCCGUACAGCGGCGAUUGGCGCAAAUGCUUGAUCCACCCGAUCAUCACGGAAGAGAUUGGUGUUUGCUCGCCGUGAGGCUUGGUUUAGGGGAUCGUGUCGCUCAGUUGGAUAGCACAGUGGACAGCCCAACUUUGAGACUGCUGAACUGCGCGGGUGCAGAAUGCACCGUUGGCUCAUUGGUACAACAACUGCGUGCCCUCGAUCGCGAUGACGCUGUUCAUCUGUUGCUCACGUACACGCCAGUUUACGUGUUGACGAUGUCGAUCGACUCUGAAACAGGGUCUAAUCUUUCUAGAUGACGAUGCUGCUCUUAUCAAUGGCGCAUUAGCACCUAAGUCUUUUUCUCUUGAAACGCCACGCGUUUGAUAGCACUGUCUUUCUAUCUCCGCCCAAAUGUAAAUUGUUAAUUUAUUAAGUAUGUGUAUAUCGUGAUAUUUAACUUUGUCGAUUGUGUGUCGCACUUCGAAAUGAGUGAUAUAUGAGAAAUUUCUUACUAUUUUUGUUUGCGUGCUGUUUUUAUAUCUUUUUUCGUUCAAGUUAUUUUUUUUUAUAUUUUUUUUUUAUUUUGUACUUACCAACUUGUGUAGGCAUUUGUUGAACCGCAUAUUUACAUAUCAAUAUCUGCGGUGUGAUUGUUAAAUGGACAUCUCUCUCGAUUAUCUUAUGUUUAUUUUUACUUUUAAUUUGUUACUUAAGUAGAUUUGCAUUACUUAAUUCUGUAUUUUUUAUUUCUUGAUAAUUGAGAUCUGUGUGGUUGAUACACUAUAUACUAGUAUUAUUUUUCGUUUUUUGUUUUGUUAUAUAUAUAAAGCUGUUGUGCCAGGGAAGUAAUGCAUUUACAUAUUAUAAUGCGAUUUGAUAUCGAUAUUGUUUCGAACGCUUUUCUUGAUACGCUGAUAUGAUCUUGAUAUACAUAUAUAUACACGCAAACACACACGUACACGCACGCGCACACACGCGCGCGUACAUACAUACGUACAUACAUACAUGUAUUACAUCUUGCCAAAACUCUGUGUCAAUAUAUGCAUCGCUUUUUCAAAACUUCGAAAUAUUUACGAAGCAUAUGCGCAAAAAAUGAAAUGUUUGCACAGUUUGUUACUUUCGAAUAUCUUGUACGCUUGACGACUCAAAAACUACGUAUUUCUAAACUUACGUACUACAUUGUACGUUUUCGUCAUAUAUACAUAUAUAUAUAUAUAAUGUGCAAAAGUGAUAAAAGAGUAAGUACUUACUAUAUUUGAAGGGAGAAACUGUUGAUAUAACAAAAUAAUCCUUUUUGAGAUACGAUUGGAUUUUAUUACUUUUUAACAACUGCGUUUAUAAUUGUGUAAAAAUCUGCUUAUGAAUCUAUGUACUUAUAAAUCGAUCAAAACAAAUUGAUCUUGUGCGCAAUACGCGCGUGUAAACGGUUAAGAAGUAUUUAUUAUUAUUACUACUAAAGUCAUUCAUCGAAACAUUUGUAGAAUUUUACUUGCGUAGCUCUCUCUUGUUACACACGGCAUCUCGUAGUGUAGUAGUUUACACGAAGAAGUUUAAUGUGUCACAACCUGAGACUAUUGUAAAAAAAAUAAAUCGAUAAAAUUAUUAAAUAUAUCUUUGACUAGA